AUGCAGAGCUCUCCCGCCAACGGCGCAAACACGCAAGAACAGCACCUGCGCGCACAGCUCGAGCUCCUCCAAAACCACGAUUCCGCUGCCUCGUCCGCCUCGCCUAACCCGAGCGCGCGCGAUCCCCGAGCUCCGUCGCGGCCGCCGAAUGGAUACGACGUCCUGGCGCCUCAAGACGUCUCCCGCCCUCACGCCAAGCUAGACGCUGAAGCGCACAUCCACCCCGAUCUUCGAGCUUCUGUCGGCCACGCGCCCGCUGCCAACAUGAUGCCCAUGGUGCCCCCCGCUGGCCACAGCCCUGGUCCUGCCGGUCCUGGACCUUCGGCUGUGCCGCUGGCCCCCGCGCCGCCGCAGCAGAUGACUGUCGACGACUCCAAUCCCGCUGACGGCCGCAAGGCGAAGCGCGAGCUGUCGCAAUCCAAGCGCGCCGCCCAGAACAGAGCUGCACAGAGAGCGUUCAGACAGCGCAAGGAGGGCUACAUUAAGAAACUGGAGCAGCAGGUUCGCGACCUGGCCGACUUGGAGCACUCGUACAAGUCGAUGCAAUCCGAAAACUACGCGCUCCGCGAAUAUGUGAUCCACCUCCAGUCUCGACUGCUUGACACCCAGGGCGAAUUCCCUCCGCCCCCUCCCAACGUCAAUCUCUCGCAGCCGGCAGCUGGCGCGCCUCCUCCACCUAGCGUCACUGAGCAGCACCACCAACAGCAUCAGCAGCACCACCAGCCGCCUCCGCCGCCGCAGGCUUCCAACAGCAGCAACUCCGGCGUUGGCACCCCUCUCGAGGCCGUUGCCCAGGCUGUCGCUGGCCUGGCUGCCCAGGAGCAGAUGGUCGAGCGGUCGCAAACAUACCCCAGCCCGCCUUUUAAGACUGACCAGCCUGGCGAGCAGGAUAACAACCCUCGGCCCACGGCAGAUGACUUGAACAGGCCAUUGAACCCCGACGAACGGCCCGGCCAGCCCUAG